UGCUGUAGUUGGAAAGCUACCACAACCACACAACACACUUCCACUACCAACAACUACAAAAUGCCGAAGAGGAAAUAGCUUAACCUCAGAAUAAAUUAAUCUAAGAUCUUCAGAUUAAAUUAUUUUUCUUAUUAUUGUAAUAAACAACACGGCCUUAAUACCAUAGUUGUAUUGAUAUUUUUUUUCCAAAACAGAAUAGAAAUAAGACGAAUACAUCAAUUCAAACACAGUAGGUACUGGCACAAAGACAUAGAAGUUCUGAGACAUUUCCAAGGCUUGUUAAAUUUUUAAUGAUCUGUGUCAUGAUGACAUGAUGAGAAUGUGUAAAAAAUAUAUUUUUCUAAAUACAUAUACAAUUUAAUGUAACUAACAAAACAAAAUAAAAAAAUGAAUUAUUUGUGUUUAGAGUAAUGGUGUACUUAAGACUCGGUUGAUAUGAUAAGAGUUUCCUCAUAUCGACGACUACAUGAACUACCUGAAUAAAAAAUAUUUGCGCUUGAUAUGUGACUAACUAGCAAGAAAAUACGAUGGCAAACGAUAGAGUGGCACACUGUGACAACAGCACCACCUUCCUCGAUAUGAAAAACAAAUUACUUUCGCAGUGUCAUGCUUCGGAUCUUCAAAUACUUUACGUUAACAAAAAAAUAUUGUAUACUCGUAGUAAAUCUUCAAACUAUCGCAGUAAGAAUGGUUUUUGCAAUGACGUUGAAACCGCAAAUAUUCUCACAUAUGAAGAGAAAUCAGGAAAACGUAACGUGGGCAAAAAAUAUAAAAUUAUCAAAUACGCAACGAAGAAACGGCUGUACCACUCCCCGUCCUCUAAGCUGGCAGUGUUCAAAUACUACAGCAUACCUGUUAUUACCUCAAAAAGAGCUUAUAAAAUGAAAACUACGAGUAAAGGUUUAGAAAUCAUUCGGAAGCAUAAGUAUAAACCUUUCUACACCAAUUAUAUAGUCAACACAGUAUCGCCUUACGUUGGAAAUGAUCCCUCAAACCAGUACUGGUAUCCAAUACCGAGAAAGUGGGAAGUUUACAGAUGCCAAUUUGGCGCUCAAGAAGAAAGUUGUUGCUGCUCCUGCAACUCCGAUGCAAUGUUUGAAGUAAUGAAAAGUUUAUACGACUGUUAUAAGAAAAAAAAAUGUGAUAAUUGCAACUGUAUACUUUGUGGUCAUUUGCCAAAGGACGAAAGACGACACGGUGAAAUUAGAAAAUCAGCAAUUGCAUUGGAAACAGCCAGUACCAAGGUAAGGAAGAAAGAAAUUGAGAGGAAGACCAAAGAAGCUGUACAAAAGAUGGAAGGAAAAUCCCCUGCAGAAAAAGAAAAGAUUUUGAAAGACUUAGCAAUGAGUGGAGUUCCGUUGCCAGAAGCCAAAACACCAUCAGAAAAAGAAAUCAUUCAAAAAUUAAAAACACAACUUGGAUUGCCUCCAGAGCCCAAGACAGCAGCAGAAACAGAGAAAAUGAAGAAAGCUGAAGCUGCUGGUAUCAUAGUGCCAUUAGAAGGAAAAACCACUGCUGAAAAAGAAAAAAUUCUUAAAAAGCAAGCUGAAUUGGGUAUCGAGCUUCCUGAAGGAAGAACACCCUCAGAAAAAUCUUUAAUAGCAAAAGUGAAAGCAACUUCAGGAAAAAAGAGAUUAUCGGAAAAGAGACGAGAAGCUAAAGCUGCAGGAUUAUUAACGCCACUUGAGGGGAAAACUCCUGAGCAGAAGGAAACAAUUCUUAAGGGAUUAGCAAUGUCUGGACUUCCUCUACCUGAAGCAAAAACACCAUCCGAAAAAAAAUUACUCAAAAAAGUUAGAGCAGACGUUGGUUUGCCCCCAGAGCCAAAAACCGCAGCAGAAAUAGAUAAAUACAAUAAAGGUGUAGCAGCUGGGAUUAUAACUCCAUUAGAAGGUAAGUCUCCAGAAGAAAAAGAAAAAAUACUUAAGGCGCAGCGUGCUGCCGGGAUACCACUGCCAGAAGGACGAACACCAUCAGAAAAAGCAAUAAUAGCUAAAGCGAAAGCAAUGUCUAAGCCAUCUAUUGCUGCGUUAGGAACUCUGAUCGAAGGCAAAACUCCUGAAGAAAAAGAGAAAAAUAUCAAAAGAUUGUUAGUAAAAGGUCAACCACUUCCAGAAGCGAAAACAACAUCCGAGAAAAAACUUGUAGAAAAAGCUAGAGCUGAAUUAGGAUUGCCUCCAGAGCCAAAAUCGCUAUCAGAAAAGAAAAAAUAUGAUAAAGCAGUAGCUGCGGGCAUUAUAACGCCACUCGAAGGGAAAUCUCCUGCGGAAAAAGAAAAGAUAUUACGAGCUAUUCAGACAAUGGGAAUCCCUCUACCUGAAGGAAGAACGCCUUCAGAAAAUGCAUUAAUAGAGAAAGUAAAAGCGAUACCUAAGCUUCCCAUACCAUCCGGAAUAUCUGUACCUGCCGAAAAGUUAAAAAAAGCCAAAGCAGCAGGACUACUUACACCUUUGGAAGGAAAAACACCUGCAGAAAAAGAAAAAAUUCUAAAAGGUUUAGCUAUGCAUGGCUUGUUACCUGAAGGAAAGACUGCUUCGGACAAAAAAAUAGUAGACAAAGUAAGAGCUGAUUUAGGAUUGCCGCCUGAGCCAAAAUCACCAUCUGAAAAGAAAAGAUACCAAAAAGCUGUGUCAGCGGGCAUAAUAACUCCACUUGAAGGGAAAUCUCCAGCAGAAAAGGAAAAGAUUUUACGAGCUAAUCAAGCAAUGGGGAUCCCUCUGCCCGAAGGAAGAACACCAUCUGAAAAAGCACUUAUAGAAAAAGUGAAAGCAGCACCUAAACUCCCUAUACCUUCUGGUAUAUCUUUGCCAGCCGAAAAGUUAAAGAAAGCCAAAGCUGCAGGACUACUCACACCACUAGAAGGAAAAACACCUGAACAAAAAGAGAAGAUAUUAAAAGGUCUCGCAAUGCAUGGCAUAUUUCCUGAAGGCAAAACUGCUUCAGAGAAAAAAAUAGUGGACAAAAUCCGAGCUGAAGUUGGUCUCCCACCUGAACCAAAAACUCCGUCUACAAAGGAAAAAUAUAAAAAAGCUUUGGCUGCUGGCAUCAUAACACCAUUAGAAGGUAAAACUCCAGCUCAAAAGGAGAAAAUAUUGAAAGGACUACAGGAAGCCGGUUUGCCAUUACCUGAAGGACGAACACCAUCAGAAAAGGCAAUGGUAGCCAAGUUCAAAGGUCCCACCACUCCGUCAGCUACUUUUACUCGUAUACCUACUGAAAAACUUAAGAAAGCUGCCACCGCCGGCUUGGGCGCACUGCUUGAAGAUAAAACCCCUGAACAGAAGGAAAAGCUUGUAAAGGGAUUAUUAGUAAAGGGCCAGCCACUUCCAGAAGCAAAAACAGCCUCAGAGAAAAAACUCGUUGAAAAAAUAAGAGCUGACUUAGGAUUACCUCCCGAACCAAAGUCGUCAUCAGAAAAGAAGAAAUACGAAAAGGCUCUUGCAGCUGGCAUAAUAACUCCACUUGAAGGAAAAUCCCCAGCAGAAAAAGAAAAGAUUUUACGAGCUAAUCAAGCUAUGGGAAUUCCUCUGCCCGAAGGACGAACGCCAUCAGAAAAAGCACUAAUAGAGAAAGUGAAAGCAACGCCUAAGCUUCCUAUACCAUCCGGAAUAUCAAUACCUGCCGAAAAGUUAAAAAAAGCUAAAGCUGCAGGACUACUUACACCGCUGGAAGGAAAGACACCUGAACAAAAAGAGAAGAUAUUAAAAGGACUAGCGAUGCAUGGCAUACUGCCGGAAGGCAAGACUCCGUCAGAGAAGAAGUUAGUGGACAAAGUGAGAGCUGACUUGGGAUUGCCACCAGAACCGAAAACACCCUCAGAAAAGAAAAAAUAUGCAAAAGCUCUAGCAGCGGGAAUAAUAACACCACUCGAAGGCAAAUCCCCGGCGGAAAAAGAAAAGAUAUUACGAGCUAAGCAAGCAAUGGGAAUACCUUUACCCGAAGGUAGAACACCAUCUGAAAAGGCUUUAAUAGCCAAAGUGAAAGCGGCACCUAAAUUACCUUUACCGUCUGAAUUAUCUAUACCUUCUGAGAAACUCAAAAAGGCUAAAGCUGCCGGGCUUUUAACACCGUUAGAAGGAAAAACGCCUGAGCAAAAAGAGAAGAUACUAAGAGGACUUGCCAUGCAUGGUAUUUUACCUGAAGGCAAAACCGCGUCAGAGAAAAAACUAGUUGACAAAAUCCGUGCUGAAGUUGGUCUCCCACCUGAACCAAAAACUCCAUCUACAAAGGAAAAAUAUAAAAAAGCUUUGGCUGCUGGUAUCAUAACACCAUUGGAAGGCAAAACUCCAGCUCAAAAAGAGAAAAUAUUAAAAGGACUACAGGAAGCCGGUUUGCCAUUACCUGAAGGACGAACACCAUCAGAAAAGGCAAUGGUAGCCAAAUUUAAAGGUCCCACUACUCCGUCUGCUACUUUUACUCGUAUACCUACUGAAAAACUUAAGAAAGCUGCCACCGCCGGCUUGGGCGCUCUGCUUGAAAAUAAAACCCCUGAGCAGAAGGAAAAACUUGUGAAGGGAUUAUUAGUAAAGGGCCAGCCACUUCCAGAAGCAAAAACAGCCUCAGAGAAAAAACUCGUUGAAAAAGUAAGAGCUGACUUAGGAUUACCUCCCGAACCAAAGUCGCCAUCAGAAAAGAAAAAAUACGAAAAGGCUCUUGCAGCUGGCAUAAUAACUCCACUUGAAGGAAAAUCUCCAGCAGAAAAAGAAAAGAUUUUAAGAGCUAAUCAAGCUAUGGGAAUUCCUCUGCCCGAAGGACGAACGCCAUCAGAAAAAGCACUAAUAGAGAAAGUGAAAGCAACGCCUAAGCUUCCUAUACCAUCCGGAAUAUCUAUACCUGCCGAAAAGUUAAAAAAAGCUAAAGCUGCAGGACUUCUUACUCCGCUAGAAGGAAAAACACCCGAACAAAAAGAGAAGAUAUUAAAAGGACUAGCGAUGCAUGGCAUACUGCCGGAAGGCAAGACUACGUCAGAGAAGAAGUUAGUGGACAAAGUGAGAGCUGACUUGGGAUUGCCACCAGAACCGAAAACACCCUCAGAAAAGAAAAAAUACGCAAAAGCUCUAGCAGCGGGAAUAAUAACACCACUCGAAGGCAAAUCCCCGGCGGAAAAAGAAAAGAUAUUACGAGCUAAGCAAGCAAUGGGAAUACCUUUACCCGAAGGUAGAACUCCUUCUGAAAAGGCUUUAAUAGCCAAAGUGAAGGCGACACCUAAAUUACCUUUACCGUCCGAAGUAUCUAUACCUUCAGAAAAACUCAAGAAGGCUAAAGCUGCCGGACUUUUAACACCAUUAGAAGGGAAAACACCUGAGCAGAAAGAGAAGAUACUUAGAGGACUGGCCAUGCAUGGUAUACUACCUGAAGGCAAAACUGUGUCUGAGAAGAAGCUUGUGGACAAAGUCAGAGCUGAGGUUGGUCUCCCACCUAAACCAAAAACUCCGUCUACUAAGGAGAAAUAUAAAAAAGCUUUAGCUGCUGGUAUGAUAACACCAUUGGAAGGCAAAACUCCAGCUCAAAAAGAGAAAAUAUUAAAAAGACUACAGGAAGCCGGUUUGCCAUUACCUGAAGGACGAACACCAUCAGAAAAGGCAAUGGUAGCUAAAUUUAAAGGUCCCACUACUCCGUCUGCUACUUUUACUCGUAUACCUACUGAAAAACUUAAGAAAGCUGCCACCGCCGGCUUGGGCGCUCUGCUUGAAGAUAAAACCCCUGAGCAGAAGGAAAAACUUGUGAAAGGAUUAUUAGUAAAGGGCCAGCCACUUCCAGAAGCAAAAACAGCCUCAGAGAAAAAACUCGUCGAAAAAGUAAGAGCUGGCUUAGGACUACCUCCCGAACCAAAGUCGCCAUCAGAAAAGAAAAAAUACGAAAAGGCUCUUGCAGCUGGCAUAAUAACUCCACUUGAAGGAAAAUCUCCAGCAGAAAAAGAAAAGAUUUUAAGAGCUAAUCAAGCUAUGGGAAUUCUUCUGCCCGAAGGACGAACACCAUCAGAAAAAGCACUAAUCGAGAAAGUGACAGCAUCACCUAAGCUUCCUAUACCAUCUGGAAUAUCUAUACCUGCCGAAAAGUUAAAAAAAGCUAAAGCUGCAGGACUUCUUACUCCGCUAGAAGGAAAAACACCCGAACAAAAAGAGAAGAUAUUAAAAGGACUAGCGAUGCAUGGCAUACUGCCGGAAGGAAAGACUCCGUCAGAGAAGAAGUUAGUGGACAAAGUGAGAGCUGACUUGGGAUUGCCACCAGAACCGAAAACACCCUCAGAAAAGAAAAAAUACGCAAAAGCUCUAGCAGCGGGAAUAAUAACACCACUCGAAGGCAAAUCCCCGGCGGAAAAAGAAAAGAUAUUACGAGCUAAGCAAGCAAUGGGAAUACCUUUACCCGAAGGUAGAACUCCUUCUGAAAAGGCUUUAAUAGCCAAAGUGAAGGCGACACCUAAAUUACCUUUACCGUCCGAAGUAUCUAUACCUUCAGAAAAACUCAAGAAGGCUAAAGCUGCCGGACUUUUAACACCAUUAGAAGGGAAAACACCUGAGCAGAAAGAGAAGAUACUUAGAGGACUGGCCAUGCAUGGUAUAUUACCUGAAGGCAAAACUGCGUCAGAGAAAAAACUAGUGGACAAAAUCCGAGCUGAAGUUGGUCUCCCACCUGAACCGAAAACGCCAUCUACUAAGGAGAAAUACAAAAAGGCUUUGGCUGCUGGUAUCAUAACACCGUUGGAAGGUAAGACUCCAGCUCAAAAAGAGAAAAUAUUGAAAGGCUUAUAUGAAUCAGGAUUACCUUUACCUAAAGGACGAACACCUUCAGAAAAAGCAAUUAUAGCCAAAUUAGAAGAAGCCCCUCCAAGAAUUCCAUCAGAUAAGCUUAGAAAAGCUGCGGCAGCUGGCUUGAUUACUCCUCUAGAAGGCAAGGCUCCAGAAGAAAAAGAAAAAAUUAUCAGGGGCUUAGCAAUGCAGGGCCUCCCCUUACCGGAAGGAAGAACGCCAUCCGAAAAGAAACUAGUGGAGAAAGUACGAGCAGAUUUAGGUCUUCCUCCAGAACCAAAAACAGCAUCAGAAAAAAAGAAAUAUGAUAAAGCUAUAGCUGAUGGAGCUAUCGUACCACUUGAAGGCAAAACACACGCAGAAAAAGAAAAGAUUUUAAAAGCUCAAUUUGAUGCUGGCUUACCUUUACCAGAAGGACGCACACCUUCUGAAAAAUCAUUAAUCAGAAAGAUACAAACUACUGUCGGUGCUCCAAUAGCUACUCCUUCCGAAAAACUGGCUAAAGCAAAAGCUGCUGGAUUGAUAACUCCACUAGAAGGAAAAACACCAGAACAAAAAGAAAAAAUACUUAAAGGACUGGCAAUGCAUGGAAUUCCUAUGCCUGAAGGAAAGACCACUUCAGAAAAGAAGCUCAUCGAUAAGGUCCGCGCAGAUAUUGGAUUGCCACCUGAACCAAAAACAGCAUCACAGAAAGAUAAAUACAAUACAGCUUUAGCUGCUGGAAUUGUUACUCCUUUAGAAGGAAAGACAUCAUCCCAGAAGGAAAAAAUCUUAAAGGCUCAGCAUGAUGCUGGAUUACCAUUACCGGAGGGACGUACUCCAUCAGAAAAAGCAUUAAUUGCCAAAGUUAAGGCCUCUCCGAGAGGUAUUGGUGAAGGUGCUUUAGCAACACCAUCUGAAAAACUUAAAAAGGCCAAAGCGGCUGGGUUAAUUACACCAUUAGAGGGAAAAACUCCAACACAAAAAGAAAAGAUACUCAAGGGUUUAGCGAUGCAUGGAGUUCCAUUACCCGAUGGAAAAACGCCUUCCGAGAAAAAGCUUAUAGAAAAAGUUCGUGCAGAUGUUGGUCUACCACCUGAACCAAAGACAGCAUCACAGAAAGAUAAAUACAGUAAAGCUUUGGCAGCUGGAAUUAUUACUCCACUAGAAGGAAAAACAUCAGAUCAGAAAGAAAAAAUUUUGAAGGCGCAACACGAUGCUGGAUUGCCUUUACCGGAAGGACGCACGCCGUCGGAAAAAGCAUUGAUUGCCAAAGUUAAGGCCUCUCCUAGAGGUAUUGGUGAAGGUGCUUUAGCAACACCAUCUGAAAAACUUAAAAAGGCCAAAGCGGCUGGGUUAAUUACACCAUUAGAGGGAAAAACUCCAACACAAAAAGAAAAGAUACUCAAGGGUUUAGCGAUGCAUGGAGUUCCAUUACCCGAAGGAAAAACGCCUUCCGAGAAAAAGCUUAUAGAGAAAGUUCGUGCAGAUGUUGGUCUACCACCUGAACCAAAGACAGCAUCACAGAAAGAUAAAUACAGUAAAGCUUUAGCUGCUGGAAUUCUUACUCCACUAGAAGGAAAGACAUCAGAUCAGAAAGAAAAAAUUUUGAAGGCGCAACACGAUGCUGGAUUGCCUUUACCGGAAGGACGCACGCCGUCGGAAAAAGCAUUGAUUGCCAAAGUUAAGGCCUCUCCUAGAGGUAUUGGUGAAGGUGCUUUAGCAACACCAUCUGAAAAAUUAAAAAAGGCCAAAGCGGCUGGGUUCAUAACACCGUUAGAGGGAAAAACUCCAGAACAGAAAGAAAAGAUACUCAAGGGUUUAGCGAUGCAUGGAGUUCCAUUACCCGAAGGAAAAACUCCUUCAGAGAAAAAGCUAAUAGAGAAAGUUCGUGCAGAUGUUGGACUACCACCUGAACCAAAGACAGCAUCACAGAAAGAUAAAUACAGUAAAGCUUUAGCUGCUGGAAUUAUUAUUCCACUAGAAGGAAAGACAUCAGAUCAGAAAGAAAAAAUCUUAAAGGCUCAACACGAUGCUGGAUUGCCUUUGCCAGAAGGACGUACUCCAUCAGAAAAAGCAUUGAUUGCCAAAGUGAAGGCGUCUCCAAAAGGUAUUGCUGAAGGUUCUUUGGCAACGCCAUCUGAAAAGUUAAAGAAGGCCAAAGCGGCUGGGCUAUUGACACCGUUAGAAGGAAAAACUCCAGAACAAAAAGAAAAAAUAUUAAAAGGGUUAGCGAUGCAUGGGGUUCCAUUGCCAGAAGGAAAAACACCUUCUGAAAAGAAACUCAUCGAUAAGGUUCGUGCAGAUGUAGGUCUUCCACCUGAACCAAAGACAGCAUCACAGAAAGAUAAAUACAGUAAAGCUUUGGCUGCUGGAAUUAUUACCCCACUAGAAGGAAAAACAUCAGAGCAGAAAGAAAAAAUAUUGAAGGCGCAAUACGACGCUGGAUUACCUCUACCGGAAGGACGCACACCGUCGGAAAAAGCAUUGAUUGCCAAAGUCAAGGCCUCCCCUAGAGGUAUUGGUGAAGGUGUUUUAACAACACCAUCUGAAAAACUAAAAAAAGCCAAAGCGGCUGGGCUAAUAACGCCAUUAGAAGGAAAAACUCCAGAACAGAAAGAAAAAAUACUUAGGGGUUUAGCGAUGCAUGGGGUUCCAUUGCCAGAAGGAAAGACUCCUUCAGAGAAAAAGCUAAUAGAUAAGGUGCGUGCAGAUGUUGGACUACCACCUGAACCAAAGACAGCAUCACAGAAAGAUAAAUAUAGUAAAGCUUUGGCUGCUGGAAUUCUUACUCCGCUAGAAGGAAAGUCAUCAGAUCAGAAAGAAAAAAUUUUGAAGGCGCAACACGAUGCUGGUUUGCCUUUGCCAGAGGGACGUACACCAUCAGAAAAAGCAUUGAUUGCCAAGGUUAAGGCCUCUCCAAGAGGUAUUGGUGAAGGUGCCUUAGCAACACCAUCUGAAAAACUAAAGAAGGCCAAAGCGGCUGGGUUAAUAACGCCGUUAGAGGGAAAAACUCCAGAACAAAAAGAAAAAAUACUUAGGGGUUUAGCGAUGCAUGGGGUUCCAAUACCCGAAGGAAAAACACCUUCUGAAAAGAAACUAAUCGAUAAGGUUCGUGCAGAUUUAGGUCUACCACCUGAACCAAAGACAGCAUCACAGAAAGAUAAAUACAGUAAAGCUUUGGCUGCCGGAAUUAUUACACCACUAGAAGGAAAAACAUCAGAUCAGAAAGAAAAAAUUUUAAAGGCGCAACACGAUGCUGGAUUACCUUUACCGGAAGGACGCACGCCGUCGGAAAAAGCAUUGAUUGCCAAAGUUAAGGCCUCCCCUAGAGGUAUUGGUGAAGGUGCUUUAGCAACACCAUCUGAAAAAUUAAAAAAGGCCAAAGCGGCUGGGUUAAUAACACCGUUAGAGGGAAAAACUCCAGAACAGAAAGAAAAGAUACUCAAAGGUUUAGCGAUGCAUGGAGUUCCAUUACCCGAAGGGAAAACUCCUUCAGAUAAAAAAAUAAUAGAGAAAGUUCGUGCAGAUGUUGGACUACCACCUGAACCAAAGACAGCAUCACAGAAAGAUAAAUACAGUAAAGCUUUAGCUGCUGGAAUUAUUACUCCACUAGAAGGAAAGACAUCAGAUCAGAAAGAAAAAAUCCUAAAGGCUCAACACGAUGCUGGAUUGCCUUUGCCAGAGGGACGUACUCCAUCAGAAAAAGCAUUGAUUGCCAAAGUGAAGGCCUCUCCAAAAGGUAUUGGUGAAGGUGCUUUAGCAACGCCUUCUGAAAAGUUAAAGAAGGCCAAGGCAGCUGGACUAAUAACACCCUUAGAGGGAAAAUCUCCAGAACAAAAAGAAAAAAUACUGAAAGGGUUAGCGAUGCAUGGGGUUCCAUUGCCAGAAGGAAAAACGCCUUCUGAAAAGAAACUCAUCGAUAAGGUUCGUGCAGAUGUAGCUCUACCACCUGAACCAAAGACAGCAUCACAGAAAGAUAAAUACAGUAAAGCUUUGGCUGCUGGAAUAAUUACACCACUAGAAGGAAAGACAUCAGAUCAGAAAGAAAAAAUCUUAAAGGCGCAACACGAUGCUGGAUUACCUCUACCAGAAGGACGCACACCGUCGGAAAAAGCAUUGAUUGCCAAAGUUAAGGCCUCUCCAAGAGGUAUUGGUGAAGGUGUUUUAACAACACCAUCUGAAAAACUAAAGAAGGCCAAAGCGGCUGGGCUAAUAACGCCGUUAGAAGGAAAAACUCCAGAACAGAAAGAAAAAAUACUUAGGGGUUUAGCGAUGCAUGGGGUUCCAUUGCCAGAAGGAAAAACACCUUCUGAAAAGAAAUUAAUCGAUAAGGUUCGUGCAGAUGUAGGUCUAACACCUGAACCAAAGACAGCAUCACAGAAAGAUAAAUACAGUAAAGCUUUGGCUGCCGGAAUUAUUACACCACUAGAAGGAAAAACAUCAGAUCAAAAAGAAAAAAUUUUGAAGGCGCAACACGACGCUGGAUUACCUCUACCGGAGGGACGCACACCGUCGGAAAAAGCAUUGAUUGCCAAAGUUAAGGCCUCUCUAAGAGGUAUUGGUGAAGGAGCUUUAACAACACCAUCUGAAAAACUAAAGAAAGCCAAAGCGGCUGGGCUAAUAACGCCGUUAGAAGGAAAAACUCCAGAACAGAAAGAAAAAAUACUUAGGGGAUUAGCGAUGCAUGGGGUUCCAUUGCCAGAAGGAAAGACUCCUUCAGAGAAAAAGCUAAUAGAUAAGGUGCGUGCAGAUGUUGGACUACCACCUGAACCAAAGACAGCCGCACAGAAAGAUAAAUAUAGUAAAGCUUUGGCUGCUGGAAUUAUUACUCCGCUAGAAGGAAAGUCAUCAGAUCAGAAAGAAAAAAUCUUAAAGGCUCAACACGAUGCUGGAUUGCCUUUGCCAGAGGGACGUACACCAUCAGAAAAAGCAUUAAUUAGCAAAAUCGAAGCUGCUGCUAAAACUCCGUCAGAAAAAUUACGCAAAGCUAAAGCUAUUGGACUGUUGACCCCUCUUGAGGGCAAAACUCCUGCACAGAAAGAAAAAAUAUUAAAAGGAUUAGCACAGUCUGGUCUUCCGUUGCCAGAAUCUAAAACUAAAUCAGAAAAAGAUUUGAUAGCUAAAGUUAAAGCAGAACUAGGGCUACCCCCAGAGCCAAAAACAGCAUCUAUGAAAGAAAAAAUGGCAAAAGCACAAGCUGCUGGUAUUAUUACACCACUUGAGGGCAAAUCAAAUGCCCAAAAAGAAAAAAUUCUCAAAGGUAUGAAAGAAGCUGGUAUUCUUUUACCUGAAGGUCGAACUCCUUCAGAAAAAGCCCUGAUUAGCAAAAUUCAAGCUGAAAGGGAACCUUCAGUGACUUCAACAAAGUUAAGAAAAGCACAAGCUGAAGGUUUACUCACACCAUUGGAAGGUAAAUCAGCGGCUCAAAAAGAACAAAUCAUCAGAGGAUUGGCUAAAAUUGGUCUACCUUUGCCGGAAGGUAAAACAAAGUCAGAAAAAUCAAUUAUACGAAAAGUUAAAAAGGAAUUCGAGGAAGCAAUCCCUGAAGCUAAAACAGCUUCAGAAAAGGAAAUUUUAAAGAAAGCUAAAGCAGAAGGGCUUUUAACGCCAUUAAAAGGAAAAACGCCAGAACAAAAAGAAAAAAUAAUAAAAGGAUUAGCUGCAUCUGGCUUACCAAUCCCCGAAGGUACCACUCCCUCGGAAAAAGAGCUUGUAAGAAAAAUAAGAAAAGAAAUUGGACUUCCAUCAGAAAGAACCCCAUCAGAAAAAAAAGGAAUCAUUAAACCCAGAAUUUCCAAAAAACUCGAAUUCGGUGUUGCACCUCAAGCUGUAACACCUUCUGAAAAGGAGAUAGUAAGAAAAGCCAAAGCUGAAGGCCUUAUAACACCACUCACGGGUAAAACUCCUGAGCAAAAGGAAAAAAUUAUCAGAGGACUCGCUGAUGCCGGACUUCCAAUUCCUGAGGGAAAAACGCCUUCAGAAAAAGAACUUGUCAAGAAAAUACGAACUGAAUAUGGGUUACCACCAGAACCAACACCUUCAGAAAAAAAGGGAAAGAUAAAGUCUAAAUCAAAAAGAAUUGGUGCUCCAGGUGCAAGAAAAAGUGCUAGGGGUGUAGGUCCUAUAGUUAAAUCGAAAGCUGGAAUUGUUGAGGAGUUUGAAGACAUAAUAAAAACCACAACUUGCGACAGGGGUUGCGGUUGCGAUAAAAAGAAGAUAAGAUUCAAACAUAGCUAUGUUAAAAUACGAGUUACCUCUCCUGAUAUAUCCUCACUGUGCCCAUGUCCAGAAGAAUGUCUUCCAGGAGUUAAAGGAGGAGUUUUUACUGAUAAUGAGGGAAUCAAAGUCACAGUAGGAACAGUUUUAGGUGUUCCCUCGUUUACAUCGAAACCAUUCAAAAAGGAGUCGUACCCAAAUAUUAUCAUAAAUAAUAUUAUGUCUAUCGAAUCUUUAUAUAUAAAUAGCGACCAAUAUUCAAGACAAGAAAAAUAUUCCUAUCUAGAUUCAGAAAACAGUGGAACUCAAGAUCAUAGAAAGAGAUACGACACAGAAAACAGUAAUGUUAUUACAAACAGAUCAUUGUCUGACAGUAUACACAACAAUGAGGAAUAUGAAAUUCAAUGUCACUACAAAACCACUUUACCGGCUUUACAAUCACUACAUUCAACUUCGUCCAUAACAACAAGAUCUAGCUAUGAAUCUGUUUUAAUAAUUGAAACUGAAUCUUCUCUUAGUUUAUCUACACAGACAUCUACAAGUGAUGUUAAUAUAAGCAUUAUUUCAAUCAUCGGAAGUGAUUUCUCUUCGAAUACCAGUCAUUACUUGUUAUCAGAACAUAAUUCAAGUACUGACGGUUCAAACUUUUUAAUAGAAAAUUUACAAGCUGAACCGGAUUCAACGGACUAUAUAACGCCCUCAAAGGAAUACUUAAAAAAAAUAUAUUGCAAAGAUAGCAGCCUUGAAAUAUCACAAUUCAAGUUAAGGUCAUCACAUAGUGAAAUAUUGCAAGAAAUUAAGAAUUCAGAUUGUUUAAAUGAGAGCGAACAUUGUAGUGAAGUAAGAAUUGAAUUAGACAGUCACCACAAUCUCAAAACUGUAACUAAUAGACAAAUGGAUGAUGUUGAUUCGACUUAUAUUCAACUAUCACAAAAUAUCUGCAGAUGGGAAAAAAAGAAGGGCCCAAGCCAAGAUUAUGCUGACCCCACCAGUAGUGGAGUUAAAUUCAUUAGAAGAGGCAAAAACAGUGUUUAUAUAGAAAGAGCAAAAUCAAAUAAAGUUUAUAAACAUGAAUCACAAAGAAAUGAUUGUAAUCAAAAUCAAACAAUAGAAACAGAAACAACGAAAAAAAAGGUUUAUGAACAUGAAUCACAACGAAAUGUUUGUAAUCAAAAACAAACGAAAGAAACGGAAACAACGAAACUAUAUAAAAAUAAAGGAACAGCAGCUACACUGUCGGAUGAAUCGAGCAGGACCAUUAUCGUUGAACAGACAACACAGCCGACGGAACAAUUCCAAGAUAAAGAGACAAUAACAUUAAAACCUGUAAAAGUUUUUCGAGCAGUGAGCGUCGAUACCAUCCGUGAUAGACCGUGUUGUUGCUCCCCAAAAGAAUCCGGCACUUUGUGUAAAGGGUUUAACGUUUCUGAAGAUUGUCGAUGCUCCACUGUACCUUCUGAUUACAUCUUAACUCCUGUUGGUUCAAUAAAGAAAAGAAAAUCGAUGAAAAGCUCAUACACUUAUGAAAAUGAAACUCAAGAGAAUUGUGUUCAUUGUAAAAGAAAAUAUCUGGCGAGUCCCAUACCAAAUAAUAAAGGAUUAUAUUUGAAUUUCAACUGGGAAGCUUCUGUAAAAAGUAACAGCAUCCUAUCAAGCGGACAACACUCUCCGGCUGGUGAGAAUACGUCCGAAAUGAAUGAUGCAAUGAAUUUUUGGAGACCAGUGGACGAAUAUCAAUACGUAGAGGAAACUGAUUGCAAAACCGAUGUCACACCAUUUACUUGCCGUGGAUAUAAAAGAACAUACGCUUCUAAUAAUUACGAUGAAGAGUUUCCUAAUUUAAGUACUAGAAAUUUCGGUAACGAAAGGGGCCAACACUUACCUCGCAAGGAAAAAAGUGUGAAAGGUAGUGAUGAAAUAAAUAAUGAAACCGCGACUUUUGAGGAAAAUGUAAAGAACUUUGAUAGACACACAAUUGAUAAACAUCGAUUAAAUAGAAAACUCCAUGGUGGUGUAUGUCCGUGCUCUAUAGAUACUUGUCAGAAUUGUAGUAAAAGGUGUUGCCACUGUUGUUUACAUACGUCGAAACACAAAACACAAUGUUAUCACACAACAACCGGAAAAUAUCGAGGAAGACAUGAAUUAGUAAUGGAAAUGAAAUCGACACAAACAAACGGAUUCAAAUACAAAUUUAAAAGGAAACCCCCCACUUCAGAUAACAUUGAGCUUCUAACCUUUGAAGACGCUUUAAAAUACUUUCGAGAGCAUCCUGAAGAAAUACCUGUACCGAUUCAAGAAGAAGGCCCGCGUGAAGAUGCUGAAACACAAUAUUAUGAACAUUCAAGCAAAAAAGUAUAAAUGCUUUCCAAUUGAAGAAAAUGACCGGUUUUUAAUUGUUGUUACUACUCAUCCUAAAUGAGACUGGAUAAAUAAAAUGACAAAAGUAAAUGGUUUUAAGGUAUUAAAAUUACCUCAAACAAAUGUAUACAAAUUUAUUAGAAAUUUGCACAGAUAGUUACAAUACAAGAACAAUAUUCACCUCUAUCGUUUGCUUGCGUUAUCCAUUCUUUUGUUGGUACAUACAUAUGUUGUACUGAAACUUGUGUAAGUAUUGUGAAUAUUAGUCCUCUUUUAAAAUUAAUUUUGUAUGAGUGCUUUUUUAAGAAAAUCGAACUUAACAUCAAAUAUAUUUAAAUAAAUUAUAUUAAAAUGAACGAUCA